UCAAGUAGAAAAAAGUAUUUUCAAGGUUCAUCUGACAGAGCUCUGGGGACGAGAAUGAUCAAAAAUGAUGAAAGUACCAUCCAGAAGUUUUUUUUAACAAGAUCAUCGUUGCGAUCUUUUUUACUGGCACAGUUGUAUUUCGAUGAGUUUUUUGUUUACACAUCACUUCUCGUUGUGUUUUAAUAAAACAUCUUAUAAACAGCUCAACUUUUAUUUGUUAUCGAACAAACUUAAAAAGAGGACAAAUUUAUUUCCGCUAGUUUAUAUUAGUUAUUGUUUAAGUGAGAUGCGUUUGUUUUUAAACACAGUUAUGGCGGUUUUUUCUUAAAGCAAAGUGGACAAAGAAUCCACCACGUUCGUUUUUCAUAGCUGACGUUUGGUUAAAUUUGUGGAGUGAAAAGUUGUAUAUUAACAUUGCUUAGAGAAUUAUUGAUUUUAUGUAUCACCCAGACUGACAUAGUAAAAAGAUUUUUGGUGCCGCAAUGUGCAAAGCGCUUUGGUUAUUUGGCUGUUUCAUCUCAUUUGUUUGUUCUAAAGACGUAACAUUUGCUGACAGUAAAAAUAUUAAGCAGGUUUUAGAUAAAAAGGUUAAAGUUCUACACGGAAGAUAUGGAAGAGACAUUGAAGGCUUUCCAGUUAUAUUGUCUGGCAAUAAGAACUUCUGGAUAUCCACUAACGAAACAACCAAAAUAACAGUUGGUGAUCGCAUAUCUGGUAUUGUUGGUUCUCAUGUGAUAAUAAGUUGCCCGUUUAAAGGUGUUCCUUAUCCAAGAGCUACAUGGUUUUUUAAUGACAAUGUUGUUGAUCAUGUCCAGUUAAAAAAUAUUGAUAUUACUGAACCAAAAGGUGUUUCAGUGUUAACAUUACACAAAAUUGAUAAUGAUCACACUGGAGAAUACAAAUGUAUGGUGUUUAAUGCGCAUGGCAGAGCAGAAAGUGUUGCAUAUGUUCGGAUGAUAGAGGCUUGGCAACCAACAAUUUUUUCAGAAAGACUGAAAAAAAUCUUCAAAAUAUCAGAAACCCUUGCUAACAUCAGUGUAGGGGUAGAUGCAACACUCUACGAAGGAACAGAAGUCUUUAUUUAUUGUAAUGUUAAAUCAAAGAAGAAAAUUCAGAUUGAAUGGAAAUCUGAUUUGUCAUCUGAAAAAUUUCAAACACUUGUAAGAGAUACAACAGUUUUAAAGCUUGGUACAGUCUCUAUUGAUGAUGCUGGAUCUUAUACUUGUGUUGUGAAUGGUGGAAUAGAAAAAGGUGACCAACAACAAACAGUAUUGACAAUAUUAGGUAAACGUUCACCUGUCAUUGACUCUAGAAAUGACUCUGUUCGAUACAUACGUGGUAAUUCAGUUGCACAUGUACAAAUUGGAGAGUUUGCUGUCAUCAAAGCAGGAUUAAUGGUUAAAAUUGCUUGCCCUUACACUGCGAUGCCACCUGGGAAAUCAGCCUGGCAACGAAAUGGUAUGACGCUGGCAUUACCAUCAAGUAACAUCCAUGUAGAGAAAUAUCGAAACCAACUGGUAAUUAAGAAUAUAGAAGUACAACACUCUGAUAUUUUCACAUGUACAGUUGAAAAUACUAUUGGAAGUGCAAGUGCUUCAUCAAAAAUUAAAGUGAUACCUAGAGGAUCACGCUCACCAAGAAUUUCAGCUGGUAGACGUAGCAGAACUACAAAAAUAAUUUCUACAGCUGGGUUGGUUUCUAUUAGAAUAGGGGAAACUGUUCAAAUUAUUGAAGGUGCACCAUUGAAGUUAAUAUGCAGUACCUCUGGCUUACCAAAACCUGAGAUAUCCUGGGAACUUAAUCGAAAACCAGUCUCGGAUGACUCUAUUAUUCAAACUGGAAAUACUCUUUUGAUACUACAUUUUCAGAGAAAGCAUGUUGGUGAUUAUAAAUGCAAAGCUAAUAAUGUAGUUGGGGAGGCGAGAGCAUGGUCAGAUGUGAGAAUGAUUGUUCCAAGUGCUCCAUCAAUUGAAGUUGGAAAGUCGUUUUUAAAGAUUGCUGAGAAGGGAACUCUAGUUGAUAUUACAAUUGGUGAUAAACUAAAAACGACAGGUGGACGAGACAUUGUGAUUACUUGUCCAACUACUGGUUACCCCAUUGCAAAGUUGUUGUGGAAGCAUGGUAAAAAUAUGGUAACAGACACUGAAAAAAUAAUUCAAAACAAUGAGAAAAGGACACUAACAUUAAAAAACGCUGAUGAGUGGAGCUCUGGUAUGUACUCAUGUUUUGCAACUAAUGGAGCUGGUGUGGUAAUGAGUUCAUCAGAGAUAAAGAUUUUGCCUAAGGGAGCUCCUCUAAUUACAAGCAAACAAAAAGUGGAAAAGUCUCUUGACGCUUCCCCACUGGUGGACAUAGAGAUAGGAACAAACCUGACAACAACACUUGGCAAAACAUUACGUAUCCUCUGUCCUGCUGAAGGAACAGAACAAUCAUAUUAUGAAUGGACUGUCAAUGGCAAGCAGCUUCACUACGACACUCGUAUCAACUUAAAUAAUGGGUAUGAGUUGAUUAUUAAUGGUCUACAGUUCUUUGAUGAAGGGAUUUAUGGCUGUCGGGCAUAUAGUCAAUAUGGAUAUGAUAAAAUGAUAUCACAAAUAAAAAUAAUAGCUGGUCAUACAAAAGGUGGUAAAUCACAGCAGCAUGGAAACAUUGGAACAGAAGGAAUAACUGGUGAUGAGUUUCAUGUAACUAGCGGUCAGGAUAUAAAAGUCAUUUCUGGCCAAUCAGUUGAAAUAAGAUGCCCUGCACGAGGGAGUUUGCGGCCUCAACUUACUUGGUUGAAAGAUAACCAGCCCAUAAUUCCAAGUCGUGUUUUGGUACCAAAAGGUGAAAAGUUAUAUCUUAGUAAUGUGGAUUUAUCAUCAAGAGGGCAGUACACAUGUGUUAUGCAGACCCAAUUAGGAAUUUCACGACUUGUAACAAAUAUCGAAGUGAUAAAAUUUCAGAAAUUACAAAUUCACAGUGUCUCUGGAUCUGUUGAAGCUGUUGAUCCUACAACUGUUGCAGUAAUUACAAUUGGUAACAACGCCCGUGCAAUAAAAGGUGUGACUAUAAAGAUAAAAUGUCCACAUAUUGCUGUGCCACCUGCAAAGAUCUCAUGGCUUGUCAAUUCAAAGGAGAUUGAAAAAAAUGAUGGCAGUUUUGUACAAGAAAAAGGAACAGAUGCUUUACUUAUUCAAAAGAUGAGUGAAAAAUAUACAGGAAUGUAUACAUGUCAUGGAGAGCAAAAUGGUCAGAUUACUGAAGCUAGUUCCCAUUUACAGUUCAUUGAAAUGAAAAGUCCAGUGAUCAGAAAAUCACAGCGUGAACUUCAUACUCUUCCAACGUCUGCUAUGUUACAUGCUCAUGUUGGUGAUAUUCUUACGGUUAAUUUGGGUAAAUCUAUACAAAUUGACUGUUUUGUCAAUGGCGUACCAAAGCCUCACGUCACCUGGAAAUUUAACGAGAAGGAUUUGUCACUAGUCAGUGGCGUGAAGAAUUUCAAAAAUGGAAGUAUUGCUAUUAAACUUGCAAACUGGUGGCACAGUGGAAAAUUUAAAUGUUUUUCUGUGAACAGCAUUGGUGUAGAUUCUGCGAUAAGUAACAUUGAUGUUGUUGGGAAGUAUCUUCCGAUUGGUUAUAAACCCGUCAUAAAGAACAUAAAAAUCAUCAAGGCAAAACAAAGAACGAUUAGCGUAGAAGUAGGAACCAACAUUACAACAGUCGCAGGAAAUUCAAUACUCCUGAUAUGUCCAGUUGGCAAAUAUGGGAAAGUUGAUAUAAUAUGGGAGAAAGGAGGAUUGUUCUUCCAAGGGACAAGAUAUUACACUAAUGGAACUGUAUUUAUUUCGUCAUUGAAGGUAAAGGAUUCUGGAUCAUAUACAUGUUUUAGUGAUGAUACCAGAAAAUGGAAAUUUGGCUCUCUUCAUAUCAGUGUAUUAAUACCAGUUGAAGAGUUGUUGGAAAAAUCUGUAGGACAAGACAUUCAAAUUUUAACAAAUGAACCAAAAGAAAUUGAAGUUACCGUUGGGACAAAACUGACAACAUUGCAUGGAAAUAAAAUAAAAUUUAAAUGUCCAAUCAGGGAAGGGGUAAUUAGGAUUGAUUGGUUACAAAAUGGACGAAUCAUUACAAAUGGUGACAAGUACUUUAUUAUUAAAGAAAACCUUAAAAUUGGAAUGCAUAAUGUAACUUGUCAAGUUACAGGAGAAAUGGGGAAAACAGAAAUCACCUCCUUCAUUCAAAUACAAGCUGAAAGGAAAAUUCAAGUGAAGAAUCCUACACAAAACAUUAUGUCAACAGCAUCAAAAUCUGAAUUUGAUGUUGGAGGAAGUGUUCAUGUGCUGCAAGGAAGUAGUGUUGACCUUAAUUGCCUAGUCUCAGGCUCCCCACUACCAGAGGUACAAUGGAGCCAUAAUGGAGUACCAUUGAGAAAAAGCCAAAAUUUAUACUUUAAAAGACGCAAACAUACAUUAACUAUUCAGGUUGUAUCAUGGAUAAAUUCUGGAAUAUAUAAAUGUGGUGUUGUGAACACUGAUGGAAAGGAAUAUUUUGCAACAUUAAAACUGGGGGUUUACGUGCCAAAGAAACCUGUAAUUGUGUCUUCCAAACAAGGCGCAACACAAGCUGGGAUGCUUGGACGACCAACUGAAGUUAUUAUAUACAGAAAUCGAACAACAAAAAAUGUGCAGGAUGAAGCCAUUUCAGCAGAGGUUGGUAAUGACUAUAAAAUAUUAUCUGGAGCAAAACUAAAGCUUCUUUGCAUUGCAGACGGGGUACCAAAACCAACAAUGAAGUGGAAAAAAGAUGGUGUUGAACUUAUAAAUACACACCAUUCUCUUGUUGUUGACACUACCGAUAUCAGGUCUAAUGGGAUGUACGUUUGUGCUGCUAGUAACAGAUUUGGAACCGUAACGGAAAGUUCAUUAAUUAACAUUAUUCUUCCAAGCAAGCCUGUAAUACAGAGGGAUUUAGUGAGAGGAAAUAAAACAGAAUUCUUAUCCCACAUGGAUGGUUCCACUAAAGUCGAAGUAUUUAUUGGUGAUGAUUUAAAAACAAUCAGCGGUACCAUAGUUUGCAUAAGAUGUCCAGCAAUUGGUAUUCCUCGCCCGAAAAUUUCAUUUCGAAAAGAUGGAAUUCCUGUAGAACUGAACAAUAAAUAUGCAAUAGAUGAUCUUGGAUCAUUGAUUAUUACUUCAGCAAGCAAAGUAGAAUCGUGCGGAGGUGUUUACACUUGUCAUGCAGAAAAUGAAGCUGGGUUUGAUGAGCUAAACACAACAUUAAUAUUAUAUGAUCCUGUGAAGCCAGCAUUUCUUCCAGCAACAGACAAACCAAAAUACAGUUUCAACAGUGUUACUGGCAAAGGCGUUCUACAAAUAACUAGUGGACAGUCUGUGAUAACAUACCCAAAUACUCUUGCUUAUAUAAAGUGUCCUGUUUCGGGUUUUCCAUUUCCUGUUGUUAUUUGGGAAAAAGAUGAUGAAGUCCUAGCUAACAGUGGUAUUGCAGUACUGAAAAACAAUGCAACAACAUUGAUAUAUGAAAUACAUCAGAGUAGUUUGUUUCGCUGUACCGCAACAAAUAUGGCUGGUAGUCAACAAGCUGAUACUGUUAUAACAGUCGAAGAACCAUUACCGCCCAAGAUUUUGGUACAAAAGUUUGAAGUAGUGACUGCAAAGGUAAUGUCUGCGAACAUUACUAUCGGUAACAUCGCCAACAUAUUAUCAGGCUCAAGAUUAACAAUCACUUGUCCGUCUGUGGGUUCACCAAAACCAACCAUAGUUUGGUCACAUGAUAGAAUAGCAGGUACAUGGCUGGAAGAGCAUCCAAAUGUCCAUUUUGCUCUUGACGGACAUCAUAUCAUUGUAUCCAAUAUAUCAAAGGAAUUUGAAGGUGGAUAUAGAUGUAACGCAACCAAUGUUUUUGGUGCAGACACACAGUUAUCAUACAUAUCUGUGAUAGAUCAUACACCCCCAACACUAAUUGUCUCUGAUCAGAAAUAUAUUGUGAAGAAGCAUGCAAGAGAAAUAGUUGCUAUCGUUGGAAGUGAACUGCACGUUCUGCGAAAUACACGAGUCUUACUGGAUUGUCCUGUGUCUGGAUUUCCACCACCAAAGGUGACAUGGCUUAAAGAUGGCUCACCGUUACGUAGAAAUAUCGACUAUGAUCCAUUGACUCAUAUUUUAACGCUUAAUAAUGUGAAAUUGACAGCAGAAGGGAGGUAUACAUGUGCCGCAGAAACGUUUGCAAAAACUUUAAAAGAAGACACCAUGUUAUAUGUGGGUUAUGCACCAACCAUAAAAGCAGUUAGUCGAAAUUUAUCACCUUUGAUAUCAGUUCGAGCUGAUUCAGAAUUAGUGAUUCCGGUUGGUGUGAAGAAGUCUCUCUUACGUAUUAAAAGUACAGCUGUUUUUCAAUGUAAAAUACAAGGUCACCCUCAUCCGAACAUUAGUUGGUAUUUCAACGAUUUCCCCAUUGAUCUGGAAAACAAAGACAAAUAUGACUCACUUAUCUCAUCGUUAUUGUAUGUGAAGAGAGUUGUGGCAAGUGAUGCUGGGAUAUAUUCGUGUCAAGCAAGGAAUAUCUUUGGGGAAGCUGUCGCAAAAACAACUUUAAGUGUAAUGGUACCACCUCGAAUCCUGUCGAGGAAUGAAAAUAUCACUCGUACGAAAUACUCGAAACAAAUUUUAUACGCAACUGUCGGUGGAAGCAUCAUAACUGUCAAGGGAAUGUCAAUCAUCAUCACUUGUCCUGUAGCGGGCGCGCCUGAUCCAGUUUUGAAAUGGUCGAAAGCGAAUAGCUCGUUUGUUAUUGACCCGCGAAUUUACGUCACGUUCGAUAGCCAUUUCCGGAUGAACAAUGUCCGGAUUUCGGAUUCAGGACGUUACACAUGCACGGCUACGAACAAAGUAGGCGAGAUGAAUAGAUCAACAUACUUACUUGUGGCAGAAAAGCCCACGGCUGCCAUAUUUCCGCAUUUUCGAUCCAGCGAAACUGGCAAAACACACGCCGUAUCCAAUGGCGACGGAAAGCUUAUCGUCCCAUUAAAAUCUCACAUCAGAUUACUGUGUCAUGUAACUGGCUCACCAACUCCAAAAAUUACGUGGUUGAAAGACCACGAUUUAGUGAGAACAGCGAUCAACAGAAAUGUGUUAGAGGUUGAAUUUGUUACGUAUCAAGAUGCGGGAACCUAUGUGUGUAUGGCUGACAACGUUUUGGGUGCAACUACCGCUCUAAUGGAAGUCACUAUCGGAGUUCCUCCCAACCUAAUGGAAGGUAACUCCACAAUAAACAGUGACAAGAGUGACGUCAUCAAGAUACGUGUUGGUUCAUCUAUCACACUUCAUGUCGGUUCAACUUUACGAAUAUCAUGCAACGCGAGUGGUAAUCCGAAACCUGAACUGUUCUGGAGUAAAUAUGAUGACACACAACUUGUGGCAGUAAAGGCUGGAUCAAGCAACGUCCUCAUACUUCGAAACUUCACCAAAAACAUGGCGGGAAGAUAUAUUUGUCGUGCGAAGAAUAUGUUAGGAGAAGAUGUAGCAAGUACAAAUGUGUCUGUCAUUGAGGGUGCCAAAAUUGUGACUGACAUACCGAAACGGAGAAAAGGUGAUUUCGUCGUGAACGAGAAAAAUGGAGCGAUGCAAAUUCAUGUCAUCGAAGGACAAAGGCUUCAUCUCAUUUGUUACGGUGCUGGUCACCCAUUGCCGAAUAUCUCAUUUCAGCGAUUAUCAACUCGUCUUUCGAAUCAGUUUCUGCAUAAUCUCGAACUGGCUGAUAAUGUAGACACAGUAUCCAACCUAACGCAAAAAGGUCUUGAUGCAUCUGAGAAUCUUCCAACGGAAUUUUCACAAACGACAAGCGCGAAACGAAAUACAAAAACAGGAGGGCGUGUUCGCGUCGCUGAAAUUUUUGUCAAAAGCAUCAAGCUGAGACAUAGUGGAAAAUACACUUGUAAAGUGGGGAACACUGUUGGACAAGACCAUGCCGUGGUGGAGCUGUAUGUUUACCCGUUUCCCGAAGCGCCGUAUACUGGAGUGUGGAAAGUGAUAGCGUACAAUGCGUGUGAUAAACCCUGUGUUGGUUCGAACUAUGGAACACAAACACGUUCGGUUUUAUGUAUUUCCUUUAAUGGCAAAGAAGUAAACAAAACAAAUUGUGAUCAUGCUUUGAAACCACCCUUGAGUAAAAAAUGUUUUACGCCGAAAUGCAGAACAUCGUGGAGCGUAGGAGAUUGGUCAAAGUGUUCGCAAACUUGUGGAAAGGAUGGUAUGCAAGAAAGAACGCCAUUUUGUGUUUACUCCAACUCAAGAGUGAUGGUCGAUCCUAAAAAUUGUCCGGUGAAAAAUAAACCAACGGCUAUGCGAAAAUGCAACGUGUACCCAUGCAGUAAAGACGAAUGUUCUAACAGGUUCCAGUAUUGUCCGCUUAUGAAGAAACUUGGGUUUUGCAGAAUGGAAACAUAUAAGACAUUGUGUUGCUCUAGCUGUGUUGAAUAUCAACCAUGAUAACAUUCUGUAUUAUACAUGUCAAAUGUACAUAUAAUUUUAUUAGCAGAAAUUUUCUUACUUUA